CUUUAUUUUUAUAUCUCCAGUUUCCAGCACAGUGCAGGCCCAGAGUAGGUGUUCAACACGAUCUUCCUCAAGAAAAUGCCCUCCGUCCGGGAAAGCCUGAAGGAGCGAGGCGUGGAUGUGGCCAAGCUUGGGGCUCGGUGGAGGCAGUUCACCAACAGGCUCUCCUCUGGCAAUAUCACCUCCCCCAUGGUCCUCACCAACUACCUGGACACCCAAUACUAUGGCGAGAUUGGCAUUGGCACCCCACCCCAGACCUUCAAAGUCGUCUUUGACACAGGUUCGGCCAACCUCUGGGUGCCCUCCAGCAAGUGCGACCCUCUCUACACUGCCUGUGAGACCCACAGCCGCUAUGACUCCUCGGAAUCUUCCAGCUACGUGGAGAACGGGACGGAAUUCAGCAUCCACUAUGGAUCAGGGAGAGUCAAAGGCUUCCUGAGCCAGGACGUGGUGACUGUGGGUGGAAUCAUGGUGACGCAGACGUUUGGAGAGGUCACAGAGCUGCCCGUGAUACCCUUCAUGCUGGCCAAGUUUGACGGGGUCCUGGGCAUGGGCUUCCCUGCACAGGCCGUCGGUGGGGUCACCCCAGUCUUUGACCACAUCCUCUCCCAGAGGGUGCUGAAGGAGGACGUCUUUUCAGUCUACUACAGCAGAGAUUCCAAGAAUUCCCACCUGCUGGGAGGAGAGAUCGUGCUGGGUGGCAGCGACCCCCAGUAUUACCGAGGGAAUUUCCACUAUGUGAGCCUCAGCAAGAACGGCUUCUGGCAGAUCAAAAUGAAGGGGGUGUCUGUGAGCUCCGCCACCUUGCUCUGUGAGGAUGGCUGCAUGGCAGCAGUAGACACUGGCGCCUCCUUUAUCACGGGUCCCACCAGCUCCCUGAGGCUGCUCAUGGAGACCGUGGGGGCCACGGAGCUGAGCACCAAUGAGUAUGUUGUGGACUGUAACCAGGUGCCCACACUCCCUGACAUCUCCUUCUACCUCGGAGGCAGAGCCUACACACUCACCGGUGUGGACUAUGUCCUACAGUACCUUGGCAAUAAUGAUGACCUGUGCACACUGGCUUUCCACGGCCUGGAUGUCCCACCGCCCACUGGGCCCCUCUGGGUCCUGGGUGCCAGCUUCAUCCGCAAGUUCUACACAGAGUUUGAUCGGCGUAACAGACGCAUUGGCUUUGCCCUGGCCCUCUGAGGCCCUCUGCUGCCCAUGCAGGCCCUGCUUGUAGCCUUCACCCGGAGCUAGGGAGCACCCUCUGGGAGCACUCUCUGCCUGUGCAUGUGCCUGCAUGCAGGGGCCCUGGGAGUGGGCCUCCCCUAGACCUGUCCCCAACACUGGCCCUUCCCUAAUUGGA